GAAUUACUCAAAAAUCAAAAGGUAUUGUUAUUUGUAUUAAUAAUUGUAUAAUUGUAUGUUCUGUGAUAAUACUGGACUCAUUUUCUACUUUUAUUUAUUUAGCAAUAAUGUCAUAGAUUAAACUUUAAUUAAAGUAUAUUAUAUUUUGUAAUAAGUGUAGAAUCAAAGCUUAUGUUUUUAAAUUCGUUUGUUUAGCUGAAGUAAUUUUAAACACCCAACCGUAUUUCCCAUUAUGUCGUUGAAUUUGCAGUCGCACACUAUCAGUCAAAGAAAAAGUUUAAAGUUAAAAGGUACAAAAACUUCAGUCACUAAAAAUCAAAUUUUGAUUUCUACCGGAAUAGUAUCGUUGGACGCAGUUUUGGAUGGAGGUAUUCCAAUAGGCUCUGUGGCUCUUGUUGAAGAAGAAAAUCAUGGCCGAAAUGCAGAAUUGAUUACAAAACAUUUUAUAGCUGAAGGAGUUGUGUGUGACCAUUCUAUUUUGAUUGCUGAUGUCGAAAAGAAGCCAGAAGCAAUUGCAAAUGAUUUACCAAAAUCAAUUCAAGAAGAGAGUUUUCAACCAACUGAUAUUAUUGCUGAGGAUUUUAAAAUAGCUUGGCGCUAUAGUCAAAAUCCUAUAUAUGACUCUAAACCACAUCAUACAUCAAUAUCUUUUGGACAUACAUUUGAUAUGUCUGCUAAAAUUCCUGUUGAUGAAUUAAAAAACCUGAGGUAUUGGCCAGACGAAAAAUCACAAGGUACCAGUUACUCCGAGCUACUAGAACAAAUAAAUACAAUAAUAACUAAAGGAGGUUUUAGUACAAAAAUUCCCGUUGAACAAAGACGUGUAUUAAGAAUAACCAUUAGUAAUUUGUAUUCACCAAUUUGGGAUUCUAAUGAUAUGAACGUCGUUACAUUUUUGUAUAAGCUUCGAAUCCUUGUACGUUCUUCAUAUGCUACUUGUCUCUUAACAUGUCGAGCUCAUACAAUUGAUGAUGUGGUUAAAUGUCGAAUGGAACAUUUUGUGGAUACAGUACUAAUUUUGAAACCAAUGGAACUAAGUUCAUGUGCAGACUAUAACGGGAAGCUUAUCAUUGGUAAAUUAGCGUCUUUCAACACUUUUUUAUAUGAACCUCUAUCUGUAGAUUGGGCUACAAAACUCACAAGAAAAAAACUAUGCAUUGAGAAAUUACAUCUUCCUCCAUGCUUGAACGAUGGCGAUGAUAAUGAAAAUGUUCACACUAAGCAAUUGUCAUGCGCUUCAACAACUUCUGUAUUAAAUUUUUAGUUUGUUUAACUUGUUAUAAUUUAAUAAAAAUAAAUAUUUUUUGUA